UCCAUCCAUCUUGCCUGCUCUCUAUCUCUAUCUCUCUCCCCUUCAAUUUCACACAAAUGAGAAUGCCGCAUGUAGCUCCCACUCACUGGCAUCAGAAACACAAGAUACCUUCCUUCUUCAGCUGUACAUUUUCAUACAAACACAUAGCGCUGGCUCGACUGGGGCUGAAAACUGCCAAAGCUCAAGCUGGUCUCAGACAGUGGUGAAACAGGAGGGGAAGGAAGAGUGCAGCUGAUCUCUCACACAGCAGACUCAAGCACUAUGAAGACCAGACUAGGUUGCCUUUCCAAGAAGUCGGACUCCUACAGCGACUUCUCAGAGUUUCUGCCUCCGGCUCAUGAGACCACAGCCAGGUGUCUCAAACUGUCAACAGAUGAGGUUGUUCGAUGGUCCGAGUCAUUUGAUAACCUUCUGGCUCAUAAAUAUGGACUGGCUGCAUUCCGGACCUUCCUCAAGUCGGAGUUCAGCGACGAGAAUAUUGAGUUUUGGAUGGCAUGUGAGGACUACAAAAAGAUCAAAAGCUCAACCAAGCUUGUGUCAAAAGCAAACAAAAUAUUUAAGGAGUUUAUUGAGGUUCAGUCACCAAGAGAGGUAAACAUCGACUACCGCACCAGGGAGAAGACCAAACAAAGCCUGGCCGAUCCAACUCCAAACAGUCUCAACGAGGUCCAAGGUAAAAUCUACAGCCUGAUGGAGAAAGACUCGUACCCACGAUUCCUCAGGUCCAAGAUGUACCAGGAUCUAGUCAACAGGGCACAUGCACGAGGCCAGAGGAGGUCUGUUUGACUGGAUACCAAACUGAACUGGACCUACACUCUAGAUCAAUUAACCCUUUGACGUCAAAUUAAUACUGUGAAUCUGGAAGAAUGCAACGUGCUUGACUGUUUCUUUUACACUAGCUCCAUGCAUGCAACUCCUGUAGAUAGCUACUGUCAUGAUGACUGGCCUAUACAGAGAGGAUAUUACCAGGUGGAUGUAUAAUACAUGUAAAAUCACUCAGAAAUAAGGUUGAUUGCACUAUAAACACUUAUUCAUCUUGUGUUGAUAAAACACCAUGUGAUUAAAGUUAGAGUGAAAGCAAUUAAAAAACACACAUAUACUAACAUAUUGGACUGAAACACUACAUUUGAAUUUUGUUGAAAUAUUCUGUUGUUGAGGCAGAAAAGAAAGUUUUAACAUGAACAGAAAAGAAUGAAACAGUAAAAUAUUUAAAAUUACUCAUAUAUAUCUGCAUAGAUUCAGUCCUAAAAUGGUCAAAAACAAUUUUAUUGACAGUAUCUCCUGCCAUUAACGAACUUCCGGACAAUGUUUGGUUAAGAGUUAAUGUAAAAACAAAAAGAUCAAAAUCUAUUUAAACUGCCAAAACAUUAAUUAUUGACUAUGAGCUUACAUUGAUAUGCACAAACUUACUGCGUCUCAGUAAUAUGUGAUUAUAUUGUAUUACACUGUGAACUUUUGCACUAACAAUUUAAAGAUCUUACAAUGUGGUUGUACCUCAAAUUAAACAAGUUGCGCAGCCAAAGUCCAAAGCCUCUAAUUAAACCAUCCACAAUUUACCACUGUUACAUCUCAAACAAAACCAAAGUACAUUUGGUGUGUGUUUAUACUGAAUAUUAAAAAUAGCUGUGGGCAGCGAACUUAUCUAUUAACAUCUUUUUCACAUUUGGAGCUGUGAACACAUUCUUACUGGCUUCAGCCUCAUUAGCUGCUGAUCAUGGUGCAGCUCUGCGCUUAAAAUAAAUACACAUUAGAAGAGUGAUUAAUAAAGAUGUCCAGCUGGUAUUGGUGGUUAACAACCAUAGAAACCAUAAGGAAAAACAAGAUAGAUUUUUGACCUCGGUCAAAUUUUAUCCUUACAUUUUCCUGAGGCCCUGGUCGGUUUCUUGCACUGUAAAUAAUAUUCUGUUGCAUUUAGACUUUUUUUAUUAUGUAGGGAGCCUAGAUUAGAACUGUAUUUAUUUUGUUACCUUAUUUUAAGUAAUUUAUUUCAAGAAAAAUAAUAGGGAUUAGGGUUAACUAUAGUUGUUUUUAUGUUCAUGGUUCCUGUGAAUUUUAAAUAGCUAGGGAAAAAAAUGUCCACACAAAAAAUAAACAAGUCUUGCAUUAUUAAGUAAUUUUCUAGCCUUCCAGCACAUCCUUUAGAGUUUGCAUAGCACAAAAUAAAUUUUACAAUUAAAGGCAUUGAAAUAUUUCCUCAUAGGUAAUAUUGCUGUUGAGAUUAAUUUUGGGAUUCUUUCGUUAAAGAGCAAAUUGCAAGUUAGAGACUCACAUGAACCGAUGUUAAGAGAAACAUAAUAGAAACUCCUUUUUAAAAACAUUAUUACACAUGCAUAAAUUAUUUUGGAUUUUAGAAUCAUUUUGUGAGAAUUUUUAUUUUUAAUUUUUUAUUUUUUGCCAAACCAAGUCACGUCAGUUUAGGAAGUCGUAUUGGCUUAAUCCAGUGAAAAAUAUGGAUUCUAAUAUGGCUCUGACACAGAGGAAACUUUUUAUGUUUAUAUUUCUACUUAUGAUGUUAUGAGUUUGCUGCAUGCCCUAGAGAGCUGAGACAAACGAGAGGGAGAAACGAUCGGCCAAAGCAGUGAGAUUGUGCUGCAAUGUGAGGGGGGGAGCAGCAGGUGUCUGGUGAGUUAACGAUGUUAGCUUCAACUCGUAUGCUAACAUCACAAUAUUGUACAGAUUACUAUCAUGUACCAGACAAUUAAACAUAGUAUCGGUCAUUUAAUAUAAUAUUAAUACUAAUGAGCAUCUGUCAGCUGUCUCAUACUCAUUAAUGUCCGUUCACGAAAUGUAGUUUAGCGCUUAGAGAGGGAGAGAGAGACGCCUGUGAUCCGGUUCAGGAGCUCAUGCAGGCUUAUGUGAGCUGGAUCCAACCUAGACACCAGCGAGCCAGUCGAGCUAGUAUUUUUAAAAGCUAUGCAUGAUCCUCUCCUGGAUGUCUGCGGCGGUUCUGAUCCAGUUCCAACUCAUAAACCAGCUAAACUGGCUCACUGGUGCCUUUAAAAGCCGCGCAUCCACACCUGGUGGUCCAGGCGGCAGUUCUGAUCUGGUUCCGACCCAGAAACCAGCUCCACUAGCCCGCCUAGCUGCGGGUCUCUUCUGGUGAUCGGUUCUGACCGGAUUCUGAUGGUGAUCUGAGUUCCAGAAAUCCGCAUUUAAUUUUUAAAUCCCCGCUAUGGGUCUCCAGAGCACAGCGCAGACCUCCCUGUUCCGGUACCAACCAAUGUGGGAUACAGAAGUCCGUCUUUUCAGCUGCACAAAACGCCCUCAGGCAUAGAGAUAGAGGCAUUGUUUCUCUUAUCUGGGAACACGUGGAUUCGAUAUCCAGACAGGCUGGAGUUGGUACAGCCUUCAUAAACUAUAGUUUAUCAAAAUGAACACAAUCCAAAACUAGUAAACACACACACUGAAUGGAUAACAUAACCUCUCUACCCUAAAACUACCCACUCCACACUGAGCUGAGGCAGCACCUAGCUUCUAACUCCCUUUGGUUACGUUAGAGGUUCAGAUUUAGAUAAAAAGAGCCUUUUUAGAAGCUUUGCUGAAAAAGGCCACUUUUUACUCCAAAAGCUCUGCCGUUAUGUAUUUUAACACAAAAUAUCAACAUUAAGCAAUUCAAAUAGUAUUUUUGGACAGCAUUUUAUACAAAUUAGAAAAAAGAUUUUACCUGCAAUUUCCUCUUUAAUUUAACACAUUUAACCGUUAGUUUUAAAUGGUCAGACCAAAAAAAUAAAUUCUCUCUUAAAAUGUACCAUCUUUUAAAGUCAGUGAACACAGUUUUAUAUAUUUUAUUGCAAAUUUAAAGCCUUCAUACUUAUUUGUUUUAAAAAACAUACAUUGUCAUAUUAGUUUUCUACCAUUCUUUUUCAUUUAAAAAUAGUUUUCCAACUCUGGUAUCAAUAAAAUACAUCUCAUCUCAUCAUCUCAUGUCGGAUUUACUUAACAGACCGUAACAAACUAUAUUUUAGCAAAUGCUUUGCUUAUAGAUUGUUUUCCACCUACGACAAUGUGGUGAAUAUUUGUUGCCUCUGAUGUCAGCAGAUCCUGAUCAAAAACACUUUGUCAAGCUCAAGAGAUAAAUAAUAAAACUUGCACUACAUAGUGGGAUCUUAUGAGCUCUAAGGUAACUGAUUUAUAAUUAACAAUGACUUCCCAUCUAGGGAUGGGUACCGAAUUCGGUACUUUUUAAGGUACCGACCGAAUUCCACAGUACCGACCGAGCACCGAUUCACGUCAUUUCAAACGGUGCCUCGUUUCGGUACCCGUCCUUCAUAACGAGAACUUGCCUAGACAGCUGCGCAUGCGCAAGAGCGUUUUGUCGUCGCUCGCUGCGAACCAGUUGUAAACAGAGCAGCAUGGUAGAAAGAACGCACGCUAAAGCUUGGGUCCACUUCACUAAAUGUGAUGGGUAACUGGGUCACGAUGAAACCAGCGACAACGAUUUAAGUGAGAAUUCUUCAUCUUAAUCUGCUCCGGUAGGUAAAUAUAAUUAGCUUGAUAUGUUAGCUUCCGUUUCGCUAAUGGUGCGUUCGCUUUCUCCUCGGAACUCUGAAUUUCCAACUAGAAGAACAUGAACGCGCUCUAAAGUUUGGCUUCACUUUACUAAAUGUGACGGGUGAACAUGAAACCAGUGAGAACGAUCUAAGUGUGAGGCAUCAUCGUUUUAAUCUGCUCCAGCAGCUAAAUAAACUGUUUAAGAUAACGUUAGCUUGGUAUAUUAGCUUCCAUUGCUACCAUUGUUAUCAGCUAAUGGUGCGUUCGCUUUCUCCUCGGAAAUUCUAACUUCCCAGUGGGAAAAAUCAAAUGCAAAAAGAUGGCAAAAGGAAUGAAGAUACACAGUGAAUUUAGUUCACAGUAAAGAUGUUUGCUUCAGUUUAAUUAACAGCUUAUAAAACUACAACGAUGAUGUUAAAAUACAAACAGUUGCGUUAUUUAUAGUGAUAUUUAUCAAAUAUUGUUAUAUAUUGAGAAAAAUAUAUAUUUAAUUAUAAAAGAGAAUUAAAAUAAUAAACACUCAAAAGUAUCGAAAACUGGUAUCGUUAAGUACCGGUAUCGUUUCGUAGGUACCGGGAAUUAGUACCGGAUCGAUUCAAAUGUCAAAGGUACCUAUCCCUAGAACUCCUAAAUUAUCUCUAGAUAUUUUUCUUUCCUGUUUCAUGCUGUUACUAAGGCAACCAGGGAUGCUGUGUGAAAAGGCACUUAUUAACUAAGAUAAGUCCCACUUUAUUAAAUGAUUUGAGCUUUUUAGGGUCAAACUCAAUUGAAAGGACACCUAAUUAAAUGAAAUAAAAUCAUGAUUUUAACAGGUUUCACUGUUUGCUUCACUGUUUCUCUGUAUACACAUCUCUGUAGGAGUGUUGUUCACUUUCUCCGCAAACUUCCCUUUCUUCUAAUUUUUAUUUUUGAUUUGUAUAUAAUAAUUUAGAUUUUGUUUAUUUUUUGUAACAGAUGUGAAAUUAGGAUGAUUAUAAUGAAUGUUAUCAUUUUCCUGCUGGUGUCUUCCUUUCUUCUGUGAGCUUUGGCUUGUGAGUCACUACCAUGGUAGAGUCUUUGUUUACAGCAAAUAAAGUCAUGACCACUUUUCAUCUCAAGCUGUUCCAAAAUGUUAAAAAAAAAUUUGGAUCUAAAUAUUGCAUAAUCCUAUGAGUUGUAAACUAUGGCAUGUAUUCUAUGUAAUCAUCAGCAGUGUUUGGAACAAAUGAAAAUUAAUUUUCUUUUGUUGUUAUAUUUUAUUCAUACAGUCACUAUCAGUCCAUGUCAUAAUACUCUUGUAAGACAUGAAUAUUGUUGGUUAAGUUUUAUUUAUGACACCGGAGAACAGGUAACAUGUUUGUUUGGACUGAUUCUCACAAACCUGAUUCCAUUAUUCCACUAAGAGACAUACACAUAAAUGUUACCAGGAAGUAAAAAUGUGAUUUACAAUCAAGUGUUCACUGUAAACACAAUGAAAAGAAACAUGUAUAUAUGUAUAAAGCAUAAUGUGAAUUCAAUGAGAUGACAAAACUUCCAAAGAUUCUAUUUUGACUUGAAAAUGUUUCACAGCAUGAGGAAAGUUUCUGGACACCUUUGGGCUCUCUGAUGCGUACAGCUGGUUAUUUAAACUAGUAAUCAUCCUUACUAUCUGUACUCCUUUAAAGGAGCUGAUGAACCUUCUGUCUUUGAUGCAUGUGUAUCAUAUUGUAAACCAAACUGUUAGCCAUAUUAGCCAUAAGUGGUGUGCUCCGUAUGAAUGUACCCUAUAACAUAUAUUUUGUGGAUAAAAAGUAAUUUAAAAAACAA